AUGUCAGGUUGGGGCGAUCAGCCUCAAUCGCAGGGCGAUGAACUUGAACAAUACAUGGCUCCCGAUCCCUCAAGUUGCUUGGAAUCAUUCGACUUCCAUUUUCACUAUCAACUUGCACAUGACCAUCGCACCAGUGGUUCCCAACAUCAGGACUUGGAGUCGUCGUGGGUCCUAUCGCAGCCCCAGGAUCAUGAUGCUACCACUGUGACACUGCCAGUGCUAGCAGGUCCGUCAACUCGAGCUGCCAGUCAUCACGAUGGACCGUCAUGGACUUCGCAGCUGCAAUACUGGGAAGAUGGUGGCCAUCCAGCCGUGCUGGGUGGCGGCCACCAGGCAUACUACCAUCACUCCGAACCCCAGCCUAGUAGCCAUCAUCAUGAUGCUGCUAUUGCAGCACACGCCGAUCAGCAUCCACAGUCUGGUGGGCACUUGCUGCAAGACCAGCUUGCCCAUUCAAGUGGCCAUGUGCUGGAUGGCGGCCACCAGGCAAGCUACCAUCACUCCGAACUCCAGCCUCUGAGUAGCCAUCAUCAUGAUACUGAUAUUACACCACACGCCGAUCACCGUCCACAGUCUGGUGGGCAAUUGCUGCAGGACCAGCUUGCCCAUCCAAUACCUUAUCGGUUCUCCGACCUUAGUGUACCCAACUUCAUCAAUGCGUGGCCGCAGCAACAGACUGCCAUCCCGGUCUGGCCGCAGCAACAGACUGCCAUCCCGGUCGAGAAUGUGGCCACGAGUCAUGUGAUGUCGCAACGAACCUCGUUGGAUCACCGUGACUCGGGGUCAACGUCGGCUAUACCCAGCGGAACUCAAUUCGUCGAUGCCUUUGAUGACAUUGUCAGUCAUUCGGACAUUGUAGCUUCCUCCCAACACCGCGUACAAGUUCCCCGGGAAUCGAGCAGGUCGAAUCGCUCUUCCCGUCGGAACACAAAACUCAUCACAACCAAAAGCACCGCAACCAAACGUUCAUCUGCGCCAGGACUGAAACUUAUCCCAUACGGUAUUCCAGAAUACGGUAUUCCAGAACUGUUGGAUCAGUGCAAUGAAAAGAUGAAAAGCACUGCCUUCGGUCAAUCAUUAUUACCCUCGCCCGAUUCUAUGAAUGAAACGAUAUAUUCUUCCUGGAGCGCCGUGACCGAUCAGCAGACCGAUGGAGCGCUUCAGCAAUGGGCAUUGGAUAAACUACACAACGACGAGAAAUUUCGGAUAUCGAAGCUGGAGCCCGUGCUCAUGGGUGUACUCGAUGAGAUGAAGGUGGUGGUAAGGUUGUUCGUAUAUCAUUUGUAUGACCUCGCGUUUGACUAUGCCGUGACAUUGGAUGUCUCGCAUGUCAACAAGCGCGCGACGCGAGUCCGAUGUCUGAUGGAGAAUGAUGCAUUCCUGUACGGUCGAGUAUCCAUCGAAGGAGUUGAUGUCUCCAUCGCCUUCACCAAUCAUGCCAUCUUGGCGAUAGUAUCGUACCUCUUACGCGACAGUGAGUACCAAUAUCACCGAUAUAUUGGGGGUCUCAACGUCAAGCCGUUACUCGCAAUAACGGCUACUUUCGGCCGGUGGGCGCUGCAGGAACACUGCACAGGGAGAUAUAUCCCAAGCUUAUUUUUACCAGAGAUCAACCGUACUCACCACGACCACUAUGUGUCGAUGUUGAAUGCUCUGAGCCCAUCGCAGCUAGAUGCAAUUACAUCGCUACUAUUUACUAACAACUCCAUCUUGUGA